GAGGCCAGCGGGGCGCCCCGGGGGUCGGACCGCACUGCCGCUGGGGUGGGGGCUCCGAGGUGGGAAAGGUUGGGGGACGGGAGCAAGGCCUGGACUGUCUAGACUGGGUUACUGGUGGCGUCGGCACGGGGUGGCUGAGGCUCCAGCGAACCCCCGAUCGUCGUGCCACGUCUCCGGGACCCCCCUCCUUUCAACUUGUAGCCCCACCCUGGCCUUCAUCCCACCGCCCAAGGCCAUGGUCGUCCCUUCUGUGGCAGGGUGCCCCGUAUCUCCCGUAGAAUCUCCGUGUGCCCCAAGCCCCAGGUUCAGCCAGGGUCACCCAAUUUUAAAGGGCCAGCCACUGUCAUCAUGAUAGACGUAACCUGCGCCAGACCCCUUGGACAUGUAGCAGUCCCUGCACUACUGCCCCCCACCCCCACCUCGCUCGGCCACUGUGACAGCACCCUCCCUUUUAUUCUUUUCAUGCAGAGCGGGUGAUAAAUCAGGGCCGAUGGGAAAGACUUCCAGAUCCCAAAUUUGGGGUGGCUCUCUCCCUAAACAACUUCCUGUUCUCGGGUACCCGUAGUCGUCCGCGUCCCUGGGAAAGAAGAGAGCAGGCCUGUCUCCACUACUAGGGGAGGGGGCGGUGGCCGGCUCUGCACGUAGCGCACGUGUGCGCCUGGGCUCCUCCCACCUUCCUGCUCGGCUGCCUCCUCCUCCUCCUCCUCCCUCCUCCAGCUCCGCGUUCUCCUCCUUCCCGCCUGCUCCAGGCCAUGCCUUCUCUGCUGCCGGUGCCUUCUCUACUAGGACCAUCAACCUCUUCCUCCAGGCCACCUAUACAACUUGGACUCUGCCAAAGUCUCCGGCUAGAACAGAAAGCAGUUUGUAGCGGAAGUAAAUUGUUAUGGAAACCCACUGAGAAGAACUUAAUCUGCAAAGUCCUCCCUAUGACACGUAAAUUUAAGUUUAUAAAACCUGCAAGUCCAGAAGCCAAAAACCUAAGGGAAACAUCCUAUGGUAGGCAUCAUGCGCUGGUCCUUCAAACGCUACACCGCCAUUUUAGCUGGCUCAGGCCUCCUGUGGUUCUUCAUCACUUUGGGAACCCCAAAGAUAAAUGAAGACAUCUAUUUUCUGGAAACAAAGCAGUCCUUGGGCCAGAACUUCAGCUCCAAGAGUGAGAAAUACCUGCGGGAUAACUCAUAUAAUGUCCUAAGCAGAGUCUCCCAUUUCACCUACCAAUACCUGGCUGGAGCCCGGCCCCUAGAAAAAAAGAUUCUUACUGUGGGGCUGUCCUCAAUGCAGAGUCCUUCAGGAAGAUACCUUGUGAGUACUUUAAGGUCUGUGUUCAGAGUUUCUUCCAGGAAUGAAUUGAGGCACAUCACAGUGCUUGUCCACCUAGCUGAUUCUGACCCUAAUUGGCUCAAUGAGACAGUCGCUAUCAUUGUAAGCCACUUCACCCCACAGAUACUUCAAGGGCGGUUGCUUGUGAUCCAUGCCCCAUCUGCUGCAUACCAGCACUUGUGGCACCAGCCACACACAGUCUUUAAUUUCUCUGACAUAAAGACCUUCCAGUCUAAGCAGAUGUUGGAUUAUGCCUUUCUCAUGAGCUUCGCUGCCAAUCUCUCUGACUACUUCCUCAUGAUCGAGGACAACAUCCAAAGUACCCACCACUUUGUCACUACUAUCCAGCAGGAACUAGAAGCCAGAAAAAAUGAACCAUGGGUAAUCAUGGAGUCCACCAACCAUGGCUUAGUUGGCAAGCUCUGCCAUUCCAAGGAUCUCCCCAAGCUGGCAGGUUUCCUCCUGCUUUUCUACCGGGAUGAGUCCCCUGAUUUGCUUCUCUUCCAUUUCCGAAUCCUUCAGGGCCAGCAGGAUCCCAUCCACAUAAGCCCCUUCCUCUUUAACCAUUUUGGCCCCUCUUCUUUCUCUCCUCAUGACUUACACACACGUGAAGAGCCAGACAGAGAGAAGUUUCAAGAGGAUAGCUUUGAUAUUCCAGAUAACCCUCCUGCAGUCAUCUACACAGAUAUGCAGAUCCUUCAGAACCAUUUGCCCCAAAAUGUCUAUAGCCUGGAUGAAACAUUCUUUUUGACCCCAAAUGUUCUACCUGGACAGCAACUGACUGUAAUCCUGGAUAAGGGGGCUAAUGUGAUUCGGGUGCAGGUGCUGACUGGUACAGCUAUAGAGAAGCUGCAGAGUUUGGAGGAAGGAAAAGUGGAGUUGGGUUUUAAUCCCACUGGGAAAUCAAAACAUUGUACCAAGUAUACCUUUCUGGGACAGCUGUGGGAUGGACGGUUGGACUGCAGGGUGAAACACAGACAAACAGGACACAAUGUGAGCUGUGUGCGACUCGUAGUGACCAACCCUAAGGAUAACUCAUGGGUCAUGAUCAGACACAUCAACAUCUGGGUCAAUCAUGAGGACUACUUAGAGAUGGAAGGAACCCAGCCUGGAAAUUGAGUUGACAUAGGUAACAGAGAAUUAAAAUCUUGAAACCAG